GAGGCGAAGCGCAGGCUGUCACGUCCCCUCCCCUCCCCUCCCCUCCGCCGAGCUGUCAGAUGACAGCGGCACGCAUGAACGAUACUUCUGUGCACACGGAUUUGACCACCUCUUUAUUUUACGUCCAGAAAUGUGUUCAUGACAGGAACAUGACAGGAUACACCCUACUCAUCUCUACGGACUGACCAAAAACGCGUCGGAGGGGGCUGGGCCGUUGCUACUGGUGCGCUGCUAGCUAGCGUGAACGGUUAGCUUACAUGCUAACGGUAGCGGAGCCCUGUUCUGCUUUUUGCCGUCCCAUGGCUAACGUUGCAUAGCUGGUUGCCUGGCGAAGGUCGGAAGGACUAACGUUAGCUGGUAGUCAGGGGCGUUUAGCUAGCCGUUCAUUGUCAGUAGUUUGUUAUUUUAAUUAGCAGUUUUAGGAGUACAUGGACGAAUGUUUUUACAUUCGUGACGUGACUUCACGUUUCGCCACCUCUUCAAAAUUUUUAUUGAAAUUUGUCGUUGAUGUUUGCUAACUAGCAAGCUACGCGGUAAUGCUAACGCCAGCUCGCUGAGACCUCACAUCUUAGGGGUGCGGAGAGCUCCAGACAAGUCGAGGAAGGAAGAGUCUUAUGAUGUGGGCUGCGCGAAGCGGCGGACCGUCAGGCGAGGGAGAGCAGCAGUAUUAAAUUAAACACGCCGCGUUUCUGCCAUAUCAGCCGUUGUCGAGGUAGGAUCAUAUCAUUAGCUAAGCUGUGCAGGACGCCGGAUGAAGCAAAUAACUGGGGCACUCUGAUUUGCGACCUGGCUAUGAGCCGUGUUGGUGAUACGGAGUCGUGAGCUGGUGGGCACCGUACCACCUUCAAGCGAAGAGACACUGACAAGACUAUUGUACCGACUUGCAACAGCGAGCUUGUUUAAAGAUGGCUUCAGCGAGCAGCAUCGCCGCAUCUAUUGCGAGCAAAACGAAGACUAAGAAGAAACACUUCGUCGCUCAGAAAGUGAAGCUCUUCCGUUCCAGCGACCCUCUGCUCAGCGUACUUAUGUGGGGAGUCAACCAUUCGAUAAACGAAUUAAGCCAUGUCCAGAUUCCCAUCAUGCUCAUGCCAGAUGACUUUAAGGCCUAUUCUAAAAUCAAAGUGGACAACCACCUUUUUAACAAGGAAAACAUGCCCAGCCAUUUCAAAUUCAAGGAGUACUGCCCACUAGUGUUUCGAAACCUCAGAGAGAGGUUUGGCAUUGAUGAUCUGGACUUCUUGAACUCUCUGACACGUAGUGCUCCCUUGAACACUGAAGCCCAGGGACGGAGUGGAGCCCGCUUCCACACUUCUUUUGACAAACGCUACGUCAUUAAGACCAUCAGCAGCGAGGAUGUGGCAGAAAUGCAUAACAUUCUGAAAAAAUACCAUCAGUUUAUUGUGGAGUGCCAUGGAAACACGCUGCUGCCUCAGUUUCUGGGGAUGUACCGACUCACAGUGGACGGAGACGAGACCUACAUGAUUGUUACACGCAAUGUCUUCUCCCACCGCCUUUCUGUCUACAAAAAGUAUGAUCUCAAGGGUUCUACUGUGGCAAGAGAGGCCAGUGACAAGGAGAAGAGAAUAAACAAGGACAAGUACAGAAAACAGCCGCCCCCACCAGAGGAUGUGCCUCCACGGCCCAAAUCUGGUAACGUUCAGCAAAGGCUGCAAACACUGCGGAUUGCUACGCGCUUUUACUGCGCCAUGAAACACGUAAGAGAUGCCAAGGAGCUGCCCACCUACAAGGACAAUGAUUUCAUCAAUGACGGGCAGAAGAUCUACAUUAAUGAGGAGAAUAAGAAAAUGUUCCUGGAGAAGCUUAGGAAAGAUGUGGAGUUCCUAGCCCAGUUGAAGCUCAUGGACUACAGUCUGCUGGUGGGCAUUCAUGACGUGGAGCGUGCCGAGCAGGAGGAGGUAGAAAGUGAGGACAAUGAGCCAGAGGAGGAGGGGGAGAGUGAUGGAGGGGGCAUUGGGACGCCCCCCGACAGCCCAAGCAACACUCUGGACAGCACCAAGCCUUUCUCACCUGGGGAGUUCGAUCCUGCCAUUGAUGUCUAUGCCAUCAAAAGCAAUGAGAGUGCUCCGAGGAAGGAGGUUUACUUCAUGGCUGUCAUAGACAUCCUGCAGCAUUAUGAUGCCAAGAAGAAAGCUGCACAUGCUGCAAAGACUGUGAAGCACGGGGCGGGAGCCGAGAUCUCCACAGUGAACCCAGAGCAGUACUCCAAGAGGUUUUAUGAUUUCAUCACCACUAUCUUGUCAUAGCCUCUAGGAGCAUCGGCGGACACAGAGGCACAUGGGAACGGGAGGGCAAGAGGGGGGCGAGGUAGAGAAAAGAAGCGACGGAGAGAAAAACAUUGAGAGCCUGAAUUAAUAAGGUGCUGUGAUGACUAUGUAUUACUCUCCCUCAUCUGUUCUCUUUCUUCCUCCCUGGUUGUUUCUCUCUCUUCCAGUAGAGCACCAUGCUCUGCAGCUAAAAAAACAUUAUUCGUUUACAUUUAACCUCCUAUGUUGAAUUUUGGUAAUGUUUUACUUUGGAUGAUAAGGGUGUUGAAAGUAAGUGUCCAAGUUAUUACAUUAUUAUUAUAUAUAUAAUUUUUUUGUCUGCCUGGUUGUUUAUGCGGCAAUAUGGCUCUUUUAAAUUGCCUCUAGCACCACAUUCAGCACCCUGCGUUUUUUCUUUUGGUAUUUGUUACCUUGGUCCCCGCGAGGAGCUUGGGGAAGGGUAUGUUGAGGUCAAGGGCAGUGCAGAGGUCAGAUCCCGGCACAUACAGCAGUGAGAAGACUUGAGCAGGAGACGAAGAGAAUGUUUAUAUUGAGCCUAGUCUAAUGCAAAUAUUCAGGUUCAGGAAGUAGGAAGACGUCUUCCAAUAGGCCAACAGCCAGACCUCCACCCAAAUGCUAUACAAGCACGCAGCCAAACACAUCUGCCCAUUCGGGUUUCCACUCUAGCGCUCAUCCUUUAGAUGCCGCCCUUCCCUCUGCAGAUCCUCUGUGUACAGGUCAUGAACUGAGCCUUGCGUUACCCUCUUACACACACUCCAACCAACACUUCUCAGUGGCUGAGAAGAGUUCAGUUGUUUCAGUUAAUUGUAACGCUCGUGUCCAACAGUAGUUGCACGUCAGUGUUUGUUAACGCUUUGUUCCCAUUUGCUUUGUCGUGAUGCACAGUGAUUCAGACAGGAUUCAGAGGAGUAUGUGAACGCAGUACACACUUAAUGUUCAUCACUUGUGUUCACUUAUCAGAUGUUGGGCAUUGUUGUGUAGUUGUGGUUUUAUUUUCUUCCUGUGGCGGGGAAUGACCUAGUGUUGUGACGUGUUGAAGUGAUAAAGAGAAAGCCACUCUUUGUUCUGUCUUCAUUCGGGGGGGCCUGACUAAAACAACAGCAGCCCCUACGUUUCUGUUGCCAUCAGCACCUUAUGAGUCAAAUUUAAAAGAUGUUGCACUUUUAGAUUAGAGCUCCAAUUCUGUUACAUGCGCUGCAACAAGGAGGAAACUAAACUCGUCUCACUUAGAAAUCCAACCUUAGAAUGCUGAACUUGAAUAGUGGCUCCCCCUCCAUGUGUGACCUAUGGGUACUGCUUACGCUCAACGGUCGGGAGGAAUUUACUGCAAUACUAGACGGGAGGAGUGGACAAGUGGUGUUCAGCGGGGAGUUCUAGUCCUUUCCGGCCCUUUGCAGACCUGUCGAUGGUGGUCGAUUUCAGGACUAGGCAGCAGCGUGGUAGUGCUUGUGCAUUCAGGGCAGACAAAGACGGUUUACCUCCAGCAUCGUACCAGCACACACCCAGUGGUGGCAAAGUGGUGUGUGUCAGUGUUUAAAAAGUGCGGGCGGGUGGGGAGUAGCUGAAAACCUAAAAGUCAUUUGACUAAUACCAACAGCGUUGUUCCCCUCUCUGCUGCGCGUUAAUCGUUGUUUGUGUUGUUAUUGUUGAGCAUUUUUAAAGGUGGUUCAUCUGUGUUUGAAUUUGGCAGUUUUAUGAAUUGAUGUUCUAUAACAUUUAUGUUCUGUUUGACGUAUUUUAUUUUUUUAUUAUUAUUUUUUUUUGGUCUAUUUUGCACAAGAGGAAAGGAACCAAAUGUUACGGACACAAUCCCAAUUAGUCAAUGUGGUCUUAACAAGGAAAAUGCAAUAUACAUGUGUGUAAGUGAGAAUAGUUGUUGUGCGUGUUGUCGUCUUGAUAAUUAUCUAAAAGAAGUUCUCCCUGACUAACCCAAGCAAAAAGCUUCCAUCACAGUAUGUUUAGAUAUCAUAGAUUAUAUUCACAUCUCUAUUUUUACAUUGGAUUCUUUGUCACGAAAUAUAGGUGUAUUUAAAAAGAAGCCGCCCCCAGGAGUAAACGAUGGUGCUGUUACAAAUGAAGAAUGAUAUUGCUUGAAUUUAUACAAUGCUUAAUAUAGGUGUAUCUUUAAAAAAAAUGACACGAUUGCAUGUCGCAGGACUACGUUUCCUUUCCCUUCUACUGUGUUGUUGCUGUUCAGGUUGUCUGUGCCCCCCCCCCCCCCCCCCCAACCAGAUUUGUGAACUGUUUAGCAUAAACUGUCCCUACCAUGCUUUAAAUUACUUUUUUUUUCAUUAUAUACACUGUGCAAAAUGUGUGCCUUUAUACUUCAAAAGUUAUUUAAUUUUAUAUUUUGUAACCUUUUUUAAAUCUAAUGCAAAAGGUUGUUUUAAUAGGUGUUUACUUUGCCAUAUGUUAUUUCCCACUUUUAUGUUCAACCUUCCUCCCACUUUGUCACCAACAAACCUCUGUGUAGACUUGUUAGUGUUAUUCAGUCAGUUAAGUGAAACCAUCCUAAUAUUGUGUUAUAACCACUAGGGGAAAAAAACAAAUGGCUGUCUUAAAUCUGAGUAUAUGGAUAGUUUUCCAUUCUGUAAAUCCAGCUCCUUUCCUGCUUUCGUAUUAAAAAAAAAAUGUGUGCGUGCGCGUAUGUGUGUUUUGCCAUCGUCAUCUAGCCCCCACCUCCACCCCCACUCGGUAGUCUGCUUUGUCAUUGAGUCACAUUUCAGGUAUGUGUGUGUUUGUUCUUAGUAAUUGUCUAAAAUGUCUCUUAAGCUUCAACGAACAAAUCCUUUUCAUUUUCAGAACCAGUUAAUGUUCGUCAACUUCCAUUGUUUUGUGGAACCUGUGUUAUCAGGGACGUUAUCAGCUGAGUCAGUGAAUAGUUGAUAUUUCUGUGUUCUUCAGCUAUAAAUGGGCUUUUUUUCUUUCUGGUGUUCUGUGGUUCAGUAUACACAUUGGUUGUCUUAAAAACAGGGAAUGAGGGAACACAAUCUACUUCGAGUCUGCUUUGCUCUGUUUGGCCCUGGAGGCUGUGUGUGUGUGUGUGUGUGUGUGUGUGUGUGUGUGUGUGUGUGUGUGUGUGUGUGUGUGUGUGUGUGUGUGUGUGUGUGUGUGUGUGUGUGUGUAAAACAGCAGUGCACACUGGGGGAGUUGGGGGUUUUUUUUGGUUUUGUGUUGGGAAACUUUACUCUGGCUCUGUGUAAGCAAAGCAGUGCCACACUUUAACAGAUGCAAAUUAAAGCCGAUAAUAACACACACACACACACACACCCUCUGCUGUACCUUGAAAUGAAUCGCUUCUGUGACCUCUCAUGAAUGCGCUCCUUCACUCAUUAACCCCCCCCCCCACCACCACCACCACACACACACACACACACCAGUCAGCCUGCUGCCACCGUUAACUUGCCAAACUCAUCUUACAGAACAUUGUGUAUUAUAUAUUUUUUAAUUAAAGAUGGAGUGAGGUGUGCAUUGCUCAUAUAUGCAUAUGUAUAUGAACGUCCAAUUUUGUGAAAAGCAGCCCCUGUAUUCAUGUGGUUUAAAAAGUGUUAAGUAUUUUUUUAUUACAUGUGACUGGAGGCCAGGCGGCAUCUGCAGAGCUGGGUUAGUAUCCUUUGGCUUCAAAAUCACAAACGAAUUUCUAUUAGUGAACGAAAUAGUCAACACAAUUGUCCUAUCUGUUGUAAAUUGCAUCUAGACGUAAACACACGGCUUAACAAGGACACGCCCCUCCCCUGCGCCAUGAGCUCUGGCCCCCAGUAUCUAUAAGACUUAAGCAUUGAUAACAUCAGUGUGUGUGCGCGCGUGCGUGUCUGUGUGUUAAUUGCUAUUUGACAAUGGUUGGUGAGAGUGACCUUUAAGUGACAGCGAGGCCAAAAUGUUGCUGUAUGUUUAUUGUUCACAUAUAAUGUUGAUAAUAAUAAUAAUACACUCCAUUAUCCAAGCCUUCACUCAAACCAAUUAAAGCACUUGUUCUGCUUAA